UCACCACGAUCGCAUGUUUCAACCCUUGAGAACAACAUGGUCAGUUACAACAUUGAACAAGACCACACGCAAGGUCAACCUACUGGACUCUCAUCUCUAUUGUAACUACAUGAUGUAAAUUACUGGAUGGGAGAUAGGUACUUAGCACGAGAGAUGGCUGCUUAUGCUGCUGUAACUUCUCUGAUGAGAACAAUGCACCUGAUUUCACAAUCCAGCUUAGACCUUCAGGAGGGUAACAAAGAACACUUGGAAUCACUCUACGACGCGGUUGGCUCUCUCCUAGAGUUUCUUGACAAUUCUGAUGAUGAACUGAUGAAGGAUCUGCAGAAAAAGGUUAAAGAUCUAGCAAAUGACGUAGAAGAUGAAGUCGAAUCACAAGUAUUGCUGGUUAGGGAGAAGGAUGAACAUAUUCGAACAGAGGCGAAUGAGAGGCUUCUUAAGAUCUUGCAACAAGCUAUAGAAAACAUCGAUUCUCUGAAGCAAGAGCUCAACAAGCAGACGAAGAAUAACAAGCUGCAAGCUAGAAAUGGUUCAGUUGGUCAUUCUUAUUCACCGCAAUUGGAUGUUUCAGCCAUUGAGAACAACAUGGUGGGGUACAACUUUGAACAAGAGCUCAUGCUGCGUAAACUUACCGGAGACUCAUCUGAAAUGGAAGUCAUCUCUAUUGUGGGGAUGGGUGGCAUAGGCAAGUCAACUUUUGCAAAAAGAUUGUUUUCUGAUCCCGCAGUUGUGAGCUUCUUUGAUGUCCGUGGAUGGAUUACUGUGUCCAAGGACUACAGUUUAAGAAAUAUGCUUCUAUCCCUCCUUCAAUACGCUACUGGGGUGAAAGAAGAGAUCAAUCCCCAAGAUCAGGAAAAUGAUGAGGAAGAAAAAAAGAAAAAUGCGGAAUUAGCGGAUCGCUUGCAAAAAAGUUUCAAGGGUAGAAGGUAUUUGAUCGUUGUGGAUGACAUAUGGUGUAGGAAAGCCUGGGAUGAUAUUAGACUAUGGUUUCCAGAAAACAAUAAAGCGAGUCGAAUAUUGUUGACUACUCGCAUUCUGGAGGUUGCUCGGUAUGCUAGCUCUCCUAAGGAUCCUUUUCCAAUGCGUCCCCUGGAGCCAAAGGAAAGUUGGAAUUUGUUUUGCCAGAAGGCAUUUGGCAAAGUAGAUAGUCCAACCAAAUUUAAGGAUGUUGCAAAGAUAGUUGUUGAAAACUGCAAUGGAUUACCGCUAAUAAUUUCUGUGGUUGCAGGAACUCUCUCUAGCACGACGACGCUGGAGGAGUGGAAUGAAGUAGCUCAAGGUGUGAGCUCAUUGGUAAACGUUGAUGAUUAUCAACGUUGCUCAAGAGUGCUCGCUUUGAGCUACAAUCAUCUUCCUUCACAUUUGAAAUCUUGCUUUCUGUAUUUUGGAGUUUUCGCAAAAGCUACUGAGAUUUCUGUGAAAAAGUUGAUAAGAUUAUGGAUUGCAGAAGGACUUUUUGAGAUAAGGGGGCAUGGGGAUUUGGAAAAAGUGGCCGGUAGUCUUUUACAUGAUCUUAUUGAUAAAAGUCUAGUUGUCGUUAGCAAGCGAAGUUUGGAUGGAAAAAUCAAGACAUGUAGGAUUCAUGAUCUUCUUCAUGAUUUAUGCUUGAGAGAAGCUGAAAGUGAGAAUCUUUUGUAUAUUUUAGAUCCCUCAGCUUCUGAUCCCGAAAGGAUUGUUCCUCAAGAUCGUCGGUGGGUUUCAGUUUGUUCAUAUCGAGGUUGUUUUUCUCCCCUUCUUGCUUAUAACAAAACACGUUCUGUUCACUUUUCUGAAUAUAUGGGGUCCUAUGUUUUAUUAGGACAAGACCAUUUCAAACUACUUAGAGUACUAGACUUGGGGAGAUUGAAGUUGACAUAUGCCCCCCGCGAAUUAUCAGACUUAGUUUCUUUAAGGUAUUUCGCUGUGAGGAGUUCUGUGGUUAUUCAAUAUCUACCGAUUUACAGACUUUUGAAUUUACAAACUUUCAGUUUUCUUCUAGACGAUGGAUCACCAUCACGUACUAAGACGAUGCAAUUACCAAAUGGAAUUUGGAAAAUGUCUCAGCUGAGGCAUGUUAACUGUAGAAGCAUUUAUUUGAAUUCUCCUCCAAAGAUAUCAGCUGAUGACUCAGCUGAUGACGUUAAGUACCGGGUUUUGGAGAACUUGCAAAGUGUUACUGGGUUGAGUCCUCUUUGUUGCACAAAAGAAAUAUUUCACGGGAUUAAAAAUGUGAGAAAAUUGGGGAUUUCUGGCGAUAGUGAUGAAUUUUAUCGUGAGCCUAAAUGCCUCGAUAAUCUUAUAUAUUUGCAUGAGCUCGAGGCACUACAUAUUGAAUUUUAUUACGGCUACUUCAGGUAUGGUUCUCGUAGGUGUCUUCCACAACCAAGUUCUUUCCCACCAAAUCUCAAGAAGCUGACACUUCACCAAACUUGUCUAUCAUGGGAGAGCAUGACUAUCAUUAGCAGGUUGCCCAAACUCGAGGUGCUCCAGUUGAAGACUGAUGCCUUUGGAGAUAGUACCGAUUUGGAUAAAACAGUAUGGGAAGUAACGGAGAUUGGAUUUCCUGAAUUGAAAUUCUUGCUCCUCGAGGGGUUAUCUCUUGAUCAUUGGACAGCCGCAGAUGAUAUCUUCCCAUGUCUUGAGCGCAUAAUAAUACGAAAAUGCUUGCGCUUGAAACGGAUUCCUAGAGGGUUUGCAGAUAGUAUGACAUUGCAGCUAAUUGAGUUACAUCAGUGCUGUUCUUCCCUUGUAAAUUCUGCUGACCGGAUUCGGCAAGAGCAAUUAGAGUGUUUGGGAAAUGACAUGCUUAAAGUUGAGGCCUUCGACACAAUUAGAGUGAAGGAAAGGAAAAUCCGAGCUCUUGCUACGCGCGGAGUUCGAGAAAGGACUUGGACCCAACCACAAUGGCGUAUCUAGUGAAGAAUUGGCAAAAUUAUACAUGCUCAAUAGCUAUAAUUGAAAAGGAAAUGUUAAAGAGUCACAGAAGCGUCAAACCAGUAGUAACAUUUUGCGAUGUUAAAAGGUCCAGAGGAUAUCUAAGCAUUGCUGGCCAAAGAGCAGUCACUCCAAUAGGUUGAUUCAUUUACCUAUUUCAGGAUCUCCAUUGUUUCCUUGUAGCGGAGCUCGAUAUUGCUGCAGUGGAGGUCGCCUGCUGUUUGCUGCAUAAGCUGGUUGCCAGUAUGGCCGAUAUGGAGGCCUAUAGAAUCCUUGUGGUGGAGGUGGAGACAUCGGAAAAUAGUAGGUAGCUUGUGGGGUGGCAGGGGGUGGAUGUAUAUGGAUGGUGUACAGUUGGUGGUGGUGGGGUUGUUAUUCUGGUAUGGCUGGAAGCAUCUGGUUGGAAAGGGGCGUUCGGCCACUUGACUCGUUGGAAAGAGGCCUUGUCGGCCACUGCUGGAGGCAUUCCAUAAUAAGUAUGAGGGAUAAUCAUAUCGUAGAAAACAUGAUUGUGGUUGGUUGUUGCUGGCCUCGAGGUCUGUCCUGUAGCUUCAUAUGUCCCUGGAAGCCGCAGAAUUUGAAUGUUGUAUGGCCUAUAUCUGCAAAAAGGUCAUGAAAAUGAUCAACUUAGAUAACUUAGUUUUCUUUGACUAACAACAUUUGUACAACCACCUUGGUAUUUUAUUUUACAAGUUCAUACCGGCUAUUUUG